AUGAGUGAAACAUUGAGACUGAUCACACAAAAGCUAAAUGAUGAGCCAUUUAACAGAAAUUUCAACUUAAUAUCCUUUGAUUCCCUUGAACCUGUUCAUCUUCUACAGGUUUUAAAUGAUGUUCUUGGAGAAAUAGACCAAAAACAUAAAAUUGAUAUCAGACAAGAGCCUUCUGAUAAAAUGGCUGCAAGAAUGUUUGAGGCUUUCAAGGUAUUUAGAUAUAAGUUGCCGACUGAUCCUGAAAACCUGAGCUUAUUUCGACAGGGUUUAGUAACUGGCGAUAAAGUUAUCAUAUAUCCCCUUCUAGAGUGGAUUCUUACUAGAAUAUCUGAGUUGAAAAAGCGGGCGUAUUUAGCCCAAUUUCUAGUUAAAAUCCAUAUACCUAUGGAAUUUAUGCAGGAUGAAGAAAUAUCAGGACUUUAUCAACAAUAUGAAAACGCGAUCGAAAACUUUAAGGAGUCUCACAAAAAGCUUGAAAGCGUUAAAAGUGAUGGGCUAACGACUGGAGAAGUGAAGAAAGAUAUAUCAGCAAUGCAAGAGGAGAAGGACCAGUUAUUCAGACGAGUAGAAAGGAUGAAAAAGAAGUUGGAAGCUUUUCCCACCAGUAAUGCAAUGCUUGAAAUGGCGAAAAAGUUACGGAUAGAGCGAGAAAAGGAAGCCAAAAUUUCUAAACAAAUGAGAGAACAAAAGACACUAAUUGCUAAUAUUGAUCAGCGUAUUCAAAUGACUCAACAACAGAUUAAAGAAUUACGGAAGGCUACAAGUGGUUCGACAGCAGCAGCACUGAUACAACGUGUUGAAGAAGAGACUAGAGUGAAUCAAUAUAUGUUAUCGGAAAAAUUACCGAAAGAAUUAUUGAACACCAAGAAUUAUAUUGAAAAUGUAACCAAAGUUAUUUCACAACCAGCUAUUAAUCAAUCUUUUCUUGAUCAACUUACACAACAACUACGUGAUACAAAUUUAGAAUUAAAUAAAUUAAUAGAGAAACGUAUGAUUUCCAAUGAACCAUUUGAUAAUAAAAUUUCAUUAUUUCGUCAACAAGCCGCAAUUGUAACGCGGAAAAAAUUAGCUGCCGCUGAAACACUCACUACAACACGUGAUAAACUCAUUGAAUUAGAUAAUCGUUUAAAUGAAAUCAAAACACAAUUAGGCAUAUCAACAACAACAACAACAAUGCAUCAUCAGAAUGAAGAAGAAGAUGAGAAUGCGGCGAGUAAAACAUCAUCCGAUUUGCCUGUUUUAAAGUCAGAUGAAUUUCAACAAUAUGUUGCAAAACUUCGUAGUAAAAAUACAAUUUAUAAACAGAAACGUGCACAAUUAAAUGAGUUACGCGCUGAAAAAGGCAUUCUGUCUAGAACUGUGGAAAUAUUACGCAAUGAAGAAAAUGAAAUGAAAACAUUAUUGGCUAAUGCCGAAUCAGAACAUGGUACCAGUGGUGCUUAUUGGGAAGCUCAAACAAAUUUAGGCAAAGUUUCUGAACAAAUGUCUAUGUUCAAUAAUGAAGAGAAAGCUGUUACACCAGAAGAGAUGUCAAAGAUUAUUCAACAAUUAAGCAAUAGAAUCAAUACUAAACGUACACAACUAGCUCCGACCAUUCGAGAAUUACGACAUUUAAGACAAAAAGCUCAGGAACGUAGUCAAAUACAUUUAGAGAAAAAAUCCGCUUAUGAUGCAAUUACAGCUGGUCAAGAAUCACAAUCAAUUCGUUUAGAACAAGAAGUACGUACAAUACGUGAAGCAGAAAAAAUGGAAGAAUCCAAAUUUCAUUAUUUAACGGCUAAUUUAACAUUAUUACAUAUUCAACAAAAUCGUUUAAAUGAUGAAAUGCGUGGUUAUGUCUCUGGUACUGCGCAUGUUUCUAUAUCAUCAUCAUCAUCAUCCAAUAAAGAUGAUAGUACAAAUGAAACAGUAGAGAAAAGAAAAAGUUAUCGUGAUAUUUAUACACGUAAAAUAGCUGAACAAGAAGCAUUAACAAAAACAUUAAAACAAGAACAGAAACGUUUAUUAGAAAAUGAAAAAGUUGGCUUACAACAAGUUAAUUUAUGGACAAAUUUAUUACGUCUAUUAGAAAUUAAACAAAUCACAAUGAAAGUGAAUGAAGCACGUGAAAAAGCCGGUGGUGAAUAUGCUGAUGUUACUAAAAUUGAAAAAGAUAGAAUGUUAUUAUAA